AUGAAGAAGCGAGGAUGGUUGGAGGACGACACGACCAUCACAACUGUGCUCAUGGCGGACAUCUGUCGGCAGGCAGCAGAAAAAGCGGGAGUGAGUCAAGAAGCGAAACACAUGCUGAAAGCCUUCUCUUUUGUGCUCGAGACUGCAGCGGUGGACCCUCUCCUCAAAAGCUUCAACAAGACAGCUACCGCAAAACUCGAUAGCCUAGUUGAUGCGACAAAGCUGAAGCUCAGCCAAACCAUCGAGUCAACCACCAAGCACCUGGAUGCCGUCAGCUUGAAGUACAGCGAACUCACCAUCUCAGCUUCCGAAGUGGUCGCGGCUCUCAAGGCGGCACCAGUUCAUCGACUGUACAGCCAAGCACUAGCAAGCAAUGCAUGCACCAAGCUCAGCCAAUCCCUCAUCCUCGACGAUGCCAAAGCAAUCAACAUAGUCAACGCUAGGGAAUGA